UCGGUAGUACGAUGCCAGAUUACAGCGACCUGGACCGACAAAUUGAGCAGCUGAAACGAUGCGAAAUUAUCAAGGAGCACGAAGUGAAGGCACUGUGCGCGAAGGCGCGCGAAAUACUGGUCGAGGAGGGCAACGUGCAGCGGGUCGACUCGCCGGUAACGGUGUGCGGUGACAUACACGGCCAGUUCUACGACCUGAAAGAACUGUUCAAGGUCGGUGGCGACGUGCCGGAGACGAACUACCUCUUCAUGGGCGACUUUGUCGACCGGGGAUACUACAGUGUGGAAACAUUCCUGCUACUGCUCGCGCUGAAGGUCCGCUACCCGGACCGCAUCACACUGAUCCGCGGCAAUCACGAAUCGCGCCAAAUCACACAGGUCUACGGGUUUUACGAUGAGUGUAUACGCAAGUACGGUUCGGUGACGGUGUGGCGAUACUGUACCGAAAUAUUUGACUAUCUGUCCCUGUCCGCCAUCAUCGAUGGGAAGAUUUUCUGCGUCCACGGUGGCCUAUCGCCUUCGAUACAGUAUUUGGAUCAGAUCCGGUCGAUCGAUCGUAAGCAGGAAGUGCCACACGAUGGCCCAAUGUGCGAUCUGCUCUGGAGCGAUCCGGAAGACACACACGGGUGGGGUGUAUCGCCGCGUGGUGCGGGGUAUCUAUUCGGAUCGGAUGUGGUGUCACAGUUUAACGCGGCCAACGAUAUCGAUAUGAUCUGCCGGGCGCAUCAGCUUGUGAUGGAGGGAUACAAGUGGCAUUUUAACGAAACCGUACUGACCGUUUGGUCUGCGCCGAAUUAUUGCUAUAGGUGUGGUAAUGUGGCAGCAAUUUUAGAACUGAACGAAAACCUGCAGCGCGAUUUUACCAUCUUUGAAGCUGCACCACAGGAAAGCCGCGGCAUACCGUCUAAAAAGCCUCAGGCCGACUAUUUCCUUUAAGUCUGAUUUUUUUGUAUUAC